AUGUUUGCCAUCGCCCGGAGGUUCUGGUGGCCAGCCAUGGAACCAGACGUCAAGGAGUAUGUCGAGGCCUGUCCUGUCUGCGCCAGGAAUAAGUCCUCCACCAGGUCACGCAUGGGCCUUCUGCAACCGCUCCCCAUCCCCUCCAGACCGUGGGCAGAAAUAUCCAUGGACUUCGUCAUGGGGCUCCCGGUCUCCCAAGGUAACACCACCGUCCUCACGGUGGUGGAUAGAUUCUCCAAAAUGGUCAGAUUCAUAGCCUUGCCAAAAUUACCCCCGGGUCCCCUCCCGGAAGCUGGCACCGCGGUUUGUGGGGCCAUUCCCAGUCUCCAAGGUCAUUGGCCCCGCAGCAGUUCGCCUGCGCCUGCGCCUGCCCCGGUCCCUCCGAGUCCACCCCACGUUCCAUGUCAGCCAGGUCAAGCCGGCCAAGGAGAGCUCCAUGGUCCCACCCUCCCUGGCCCCUCCUUCUCCGGAAGUGAUAGGCGGCGGUCCAGUCUACAAGGUCAAGCGGCUGCUUGCGGUCCGAAGCAGGGGCCGGGGCAGGCAGUACCUGGUGGACUGGGAGGGAUACGGGCCAGAGGAGAGACAGUGGGUCCCGUCCCGGUUCAUCUUGGACCUUAG